GGUGCCUUGUCAAGAUACUUUUUGACAAAGAGACAAGAGGAGACAGCCAUAAAGAAAGACAGAUUAGAAGGAGAGAAGAAAAGGAGAGCAGCAUAUGAAAGGAAAAAGGAGAAAGCAAAACGGAGACUAUGUGCUUUAGACAAAAUGGAGCUAGGUAUGAACAAGAAGGCAAAAAUAAUGGAAGUCAUGAAGCCCGCUUACAUGUCUUCAGAUGAGGAGAAUGGCCAGGAUGGGUUCAUAACUCAUCAACCAUCCUGGCCGGCCAGUAAAUUCAAGGACUACAAGGCAAAACUUGACAUUGCGUACAAAAAUGUGUGUUCAAAGGCCAGUUUAAGGCUUUUACAGAAAAGGACAAUUGGCAAUCAAAGCCAAAAGGAUGUGCCUCAGUUGCCUGAAAAUUGCCAGUGGAUUGUCCAAGAUACGGAGCCACAGAGUAUUGGGAAUUAA